GGCUGUAGCAACUUCUCGUGUCAUUGCCAUUGGUCGAGGUUUGGCGGCAAAACAGAAUGGAACGUGGAGAGAACACUUUCGCGGCAGCAACUCCACUGCACUCACUGGCUCUCUCAUAACAGCCAAAGCUGCCCCAGACUGAGAACGUAUUGCAAAAAGGAAAAAUGUUCUACUACCAGACGGUGCUGAAGCGACACACGGGAAGGUUUUCUACAAUUUGGCUUGCAGCAACUAAAGGAGUGAAGAUAACCAGGAGAGAGAUUCUGAAAGUGAACAUCAUUCGAACAUGUGAGGACAUUAUGGACUACGUGAUGGUGAGGGUAUUGCCUGAACACCCGAGUCUGCCGAAACCAAGAUUCUCGCUAUACCUCACUUCCCAGCUCUACUAUGGAGUCGUCAUCGUGUACCACAAGCAGUGUGGCAUCUUGCUGGAUGAGAUCCAGCAGGCUAUUGAGAAGUUGCUUCACGUUCAGAGGCAUCUCCGCAUCGACAUGCCGGAGCAAGAAAAGGGGGCUCUUGACAUGCCUGACCCCCUGUGUGAGGAGGAUGUGGACAUUUUCUUUGGAGAGAUGCGCUCAGCGUUCCCCAGCCCCUCCCAGCUGAACUUCCAGGCCUGGAGUUUUCUGGAGAUGUCCAGCCCAGUUCGUCCACACAGGAGCCCCUCCCCCGUGGUGGAAGCCAUAGUUGAUCUUGGCCACAUUGCACUACCCGAGGCGAUCACCCUGAGGGAGGAUGUGCCAGAGCUUCAGGUCCCUGAGUUUGAAGGUGAGGAGCUGGUUGAGCCUACAGACCAGGACAUCGAAAUGCUGAUGAGGGAGUCAGGAGUGCUGGAGGAGCCUCCACAACCAGAGGCUGUGGAUGAAGCUGUGGAAAGACCGGAGGAGGCAAGCCCCCAGAUGGAAGUGGAGGCCCUGGCUCUGGAGGUGCUGCUCACCCCUGAUAACGUGAUCAUGUUUCCCUCGGACGACGCCCCUCCCCCCCUCGCUACCUCCCCCACCGCGCGCACCGAGGAGACCAGCGAGCAGAACGGGACGCAGAAGGUUCCCUCAAGCCUGGAGCCGGCGCCACUAGCGGAGGGGGAGCUUCGGCGUAAAGGUGCGCGGCGCCGCAAGCCGGCCACUGACCACCACAUUCAGAUAUCCCAGGAUGCAAUGCGGAACGCUCUGGAGAACCCCCUGCAGGAGACGCUGGACAUGGAUGAGGCGACUCUCUGGGUGGGUUUUGAUAGGCGUGUGUCUGCUGAGGAUCUGGCCAAUGGGCCCUACAGUGGUAUGCUCAACCCUGACCUGCAGUUGCUAUGGCGACAGCAUGCGGUGCUGAGGAGGCGCCCGAAGAGACGGCGAGGAGCGAGGGAUGAGGACGAGGAAGAGGAGGAGGAGGAGGAAGAAGGGAGGCAUGAAGAGGGGAGAGGAGGGGAGAGCGUUCAUGAUCGCAGCGCAGGGAGCCACUCAGAACUGGAAAUUCAGAGGAGACGAGACGACUCCAGUGGACAGAUUGCUAGAGACUCUGCUGAGUCCGGUCUCUACACGUCAGAGGUGUCAGGUCCAUCUGAUCCCCAGUUGGUGUCCCCAGAUGUCUCCAAAGAGGGCAGGGGCCUUGACGCGAUGGGCCAGAGCGUGGAGGUGCCGGUGCCUCUCCCGCCCAUGGAGCCCAUCCAGGAGGAGAUGUUGAUGGAGGACGCCAUGACGGCACUACCCCCCGAGCUGCCUGAAGAGGGAGACACCACCGAGGUCACCACAGACAGCCUCUACAGAGCGGCCCACAGUCUCCUGCUGGGAUCCCAGCAGAGGGACACCUCAUUUGAGUCACUACUGCCCCCGGAGGCCAACCGACGCACUGCGGCGCAAACCUUCUACAAGAUGCUUGAGCUGGUGAAACAGGGGAAGAUGAAAGUCCGUCAGCCCAAGCCUUUCGACCCCAUCAUCUUGACCUUGGCUUGAUCACAUACACACGCGCACGCACACACACACACACACACACACACACACACACACACACACACACACAUACAGACACACACACACAGUUCUCCUUCUUUUCUAUCACAAACAUUACUGUCCUAAACCAUGCUCUCUCUUACAUACACAGAUACACACCCACACAUUAAAUGUCCAUCAGGUAUUUUUUACAUAGUUUCCUUUUAUAUAAUGGCGAUUGAUGCACUUUUGUUUUUUUACAUGUUCAUUAUUUAUACCAUGAAUUUUGGAGAAAUUCAGUGUUAAACUGAGAGUUAUACCUUGUAUUUUAUGCAUUAACUUAUAUCCAUGGCCAGGUAUUUGUUGUUUGAGUUAAUAUGUAGUGUUUGAUUUUAAUAUUCAGUGUUGUGUUUACAUUUGUAUUUAUACAUAUUUAGUGUUAUUUAUUGUUUAUUUAUGUAUAUAUUUAUUUAUUACUUUAUUUAUUACUAUUCAAACUAUGGUUAUCAGAACUUCUUUCAGACAGUUAAUGAAUUUCACAUUUUAUAUUUUGUAUUUUGCAGUCAUCUGAACUGCCAUGUGUUCCAUUGUUUAUUUUAUACAUUGGAUACCAUGUAUCUACUUCAGAAUUUGAUAUAUUUGAAUUGUUCAUUUUCUACUUGUAUUUUCUACUGUUAUAUAAUGUGAGUUAUAUUUAUGAAUAAAUGUAUUUAUUUAUCUAUUUA